UCAAUGUACUGCACCCGGCUAAAGGUGGACUGCUUUGUGCAACACAGACUCUAAGUUUACUGCCUCUGUCAGAGUACCAGUCUGCUGACUUUUUUUCUGGUCAUCUCAGUGAACUGGAAAGUUUUCUGCUUUUCUCCCAACAUGUCUAUCAGUCGGAAAAACUGGUCCGCUCUAUCCAGCCUUGCCCGUCAGUGGACUAUGGAGGAUGAGGAGGAGGCAGAGAGGGAGAAAAGGAGGAGGGUGAAGAGCAGCACUGCUGAACAAGAUGCAGACACCAGCCCUGCCAAAAUAACGCCAUCAACAAGUGGCGGCAUCUCCGGCACUGAAUCGUCCAGUGAGACAUCUCAAGGACAAACCAGUAUCGAGCAGAUGCAGCUGGACUUUGUGGAGAUGCUGAGAGUCCGUGAUGAAAAAAGGAGGAUGAGACAUGUGGAGGUAUUGAGACGACAGAAAGAGGAAGAGGAGGGUAAUUUGGAUGCAAGCCGAGAAGAAGGAGGGGAAGGAGAUGGCAGGGUGGUGCUUCUUGGGGAGUUGGAUGAGGAGAAGGGCAGUGUGUUCAAACCACAACCACCAGCUAAAACAACUUCCUACAGUCCCAUCAGCAACAGCAAAACUGUAACUAACAGUGCAAAAACACAACCCAGUAACGGGGAGUCGUCAAGCAAAGACCCGACACCUGAACCCAAACCAGCCCCCAACGCAGCUCGCAAGUUUGUCAGCUCUGUCUCUAUUUCCCUGGACAAGACUCCAUCAGGCCGUACCACUCCCAUGAGCCCUUGCUCUCCAUCAGCCUCCUUAUCCCCUCAGGAUCCCUUUCCCUCGCCCUGCCAAAGCACAUCCUCUCACGGAUCUCAAAGCCCCGUCCAGAAUGGACACACACAGGCGAUCAGUGAGAACGGUUCUUCAACCAGCAGAAACUUCGAACAGGUGACCAAACCUGCUUUCGUCAGGCAGAGCUCCAGGACCAUAUCUUUCAGGAUGAUGAAGAAAAAGGAAGAGGAUAUCUCGCCAUUGAAGAGGAGUGCAAGUGUCCGGAUGGCCUCCAAGAAGUUUGAAAUGAAGACGGACCAAAAUGAAGAUGAGGAUAAGGGAUCUUUCCAGAGAAAUUCUAGGCAAAGGGUCUCAUCCAGAUCUAUCAAGGAGAAGAUGGAGCAGCUUGCUCAGGCAGCCCAGAGAUCUGACGUUCCACGCUCAGCGGAUGUGACCCAGAGGACUCUGGUCCUCCUCGAAGAGGUCUCAAGGAAAAGAGGCCUGUUUGAGAAAGAUCAGAAGGAACAGAGCAGCACUGGCCCUGGAACUUCAAGAAGUGAAUUUAGAAAUUUCGCAUCGGGAAUGUCAGACCGGAUCAACAGCUGGCUUAAUAAGAGCAACCAACCGGGUUCUCCACUGAGUCUUGACCUGAGACAUGUGGACAUCAGCAGCAAGAGGAGCCUCUUUGAGAACCGAGGGGAGGAAAGCGCCCCAAAAGCCAGCCAUGGAAAAACCCACAAGUGAAUGGGGAAGCAGCGUUUUGGAUAUUUACCGGAAGCCAUGACUGACCUUUCGCUUCUUUAUUUUAUUUAAUAUUUUCACUGCUGAAGCUCACAUGAAGAAAAUAAAAUCCUGAGCAGAAGAAUACUUCUCUGGGUUCUGUCUUCCAAUUUUGCUUUGCUUAUUUGCAUAUGAAUUGUUUUGCCUAAUAAGAGAAAUAUGCUUGACUGAUGUUUAACAGGUCCAGACAAAUGUAUUGUUUAAGUUUUAAUUAUUUCUUCAAGCGCUUUAAACUUGGGGGAGGUCUUCAGGCUAAUGAUGUUUACUGAACUUGGGAGUUGUAAUUUAAAGAAUUUUGUCUUAUCUUAUAUUUGGGUUUUUGAACCAAUCCUGCUUGUCUGAGAAAUAAAUGUU